AUGGACGGAAAUGAUUUAGGUUCUGAAACAACCAGAAGAGGAAUUAUUUCCCAAGCAUGGAUGCGUAUUUCUCAGCUGUAUCAAGGAACAUUAGAUAAGUGGACACCACAUACCAAAGGGAGAUGGUUUGGAAGUUUUUUGCUAUUAACAGUGUUUGUUAUACGAAUAAUCACAAAACAAGGAUGGUACAUAGUAACUUAUGCCUUAGGUAUAUAUCACUUAAAUUUAUUUAUUGCAUUCCUUACUCCGAAGAUAGAUCCAGCUAUGGAUUUCGAUGCUGACGAUGACAAUGGUCCAGCCCUACCAACCCGUGCUAGUGAAGAAUUUAGACCAUUUAUCCGAAGGCUACCAGAGUUUAAGUUUUGGCUUUCUGUUACAAAGAGCACCAUCAUAGCUUUCUUCUGUACAUUUGUUGAUGCCUUCAAUAUUCCAGUAUUCUGGCCUAUCCUAGUUAUGUAUUUUAUAACCCUAUUUUGUAUUACAAUGAAGAGACAAAUCAAGCACAUGAUUAAGUACCGGUAUCUUCCCUUUACACACAGCAAACCAAAGUAUAAAACUGUGGAGUCAACGGUCACUGUGAACUGA